CUCCCUUAUAUGGGAAAAUGAUGGCAUAGAUAUAGGAUUCUAUCCUUGAACAUCUUUAUUUCAACAUUGCUGUCCAUGUUUCGAGCGCUUUCCUCGAGCUCACGGUCGCUCGUUCUGUCCUUGUCCGCUUCAGGUUUGAAAAAUGUCUAGCUUCAUCUUGACUGCAUUUGCUUCCCUAUUCGCUGUGAUUCUGUACUUGGUCUACGUUGUCAGAACAAACAGACAACAGUUCGAUGGCCUGCCUCAACCACCGUCCAGUCGUAUCUGGGGCCAUUUGAAAAUUGCUGGCGACUGCAAGAAUAUUUUCCCUCCAAACACUCACGUCCAGAAUUGGAUGCACUACGUCAGGAAGACAUAUAACCAAGGCGGUGAGUAUAUGCGCAUAUACCCUCGAGAAGUACUAUCUAUGUCGAUCGCAUGACGCUUUCUGAUGGGUCGAUCAUAUAGACUUCUUCUACUUGGACUGGUGGCCGGUCGGUCCCAAAUGGCUCAUCAUCUGUCAACCCGAGAUCAUGUCCAAAUACAUCACCACUACCCAAUCGUUGCCCAAAUCUAACCUGACCACCGACUUUGUCGACAGGCUUCUGGGCAAGAACAACAUCAUUGGACUCGAGGGCCACGAGUGGAAGAUGAUGAGAUCCGUUUUCAAUCCUGGCUUUGCCGCCUCUCACCUCAUCUCUCUCGUCCCAUACAUUGUUGACUCUAGCCUCAUUCUCCGCGGGAUCUUGCUUCAAAAGGCCCAAACAAACGAGCUCUUCAGCCUUGAUACCAUUUUGGUUCGUUAUGCCAUCGACAUCAUUGGCAAAAUCACGCUAGACACGGAUUUUGACUCUCAAAGACGACCGAAUGCGAUUGUCGAUACUUUCCGACGACAAGUUGAUCUCAUGCCCUCGGCUUCAAGUAUUGGUCCAUUGGACGACAUUAAUCUAGUCCGCCCGGUCCGGCUCUGGCUCAAUAUGCGCAAACUCGAUCGCCUUAUCGGUGCUGAGCUCGACCGCAAGAUCGCUACACGCGCCACAUAUCAGAACGGCAAUGGCCAUUCCGAUGAAAAGACCACCUUGUCCAAAGAUCGGAAACGCAGUGUCGUCGACCUCGCCCUCGAUGCAUACGAGAAGGAAAACCCCCUAUCAACAUCUGGAAACUCGUCAUCUACCAUGACACCUUGGUUUCGAAAAACCGCCAUCGACAGCCUCAAGACCUUCAUCUUCGCCGGUCAUGACACCACCGCCACAACCAUCGGCUACACUCUCUACAUGCUACAUCUACAUCCCAAGAUCUACAAGCGUCUGGUCGAAGAGAUCGACAGCAUCUAUGGCACGGGAUGCAAUGGCGACGACAUCGCCGAACAAAUUCGCCUAUCCCCACACACAAUCCACCGACUCGAAUACCUAACCGCCAUCAUCAAAGAAGUCCUCCGACUCUUCCCACCCGCAUCAUCCCUCCGCACCACAUCUAAAAAGGGCCAACGCGAACCCAAAGAUCUAUUCUUCACAGAUCCCAGAACCGGAAACUCCUAUCCCCUGGAAGGAUUCCAAAUCUGGUGUCUCUCUCACGCCGCCCACCGACACGAAGACUACUUCCCGGACCCGAUAAAAUUCGUACCAGAGCGAUUUCUCCCCAAUGAAACACCGUACCCCGACGCAUUGCUUCACACUGCUAGAGGCAAAGACGCAUGGCGUCCUUUUGAAAAAGGACCUCGGAAUUGCGUGGGUCAGGAACUUGCGAUGAUUGAAUCCAAGGUUCUACUGGCUACGGUGGUCAAGGAUAUUGAUUUCACGGCUGAAUAUGAUGGAAAACCAAUUGAAACUUGGACGCCGAUCGAGACGAGGGAUGAAUAUAAGGAUCAGAGACCUGGGUAUGAGAAAAUGACUAUUGAAGGACACAGAGCGUAUCAGGUUUUGGCGGGUGCUGCUAAUCCGGCGGCAGGUAUGCCUGGGCGGGUUAGAUUGAGGAAGCAAUAAAUGAAUGGGAAAAUAGAUGGAUGGGAGUGGGAGGCCAGGAAUUAGGGAAUUUUUUCGGCUUGUAGGACAAUAUACAAUAGAAGAGAGCUGACAAGAGAAAGAAGAAGAUAUGAA